AUGAACAGCCCUUCGUGGGAGUGGCCAGAAGCUACGAGUACACAAUCACGUCCGGAGGACUCUACGGCCACUGCAGCGCCUGAGCAAGAGCAACCGAACGGGCAGCCUGCCGGAGCAACUAAGACGUAUCCAAAUCGGACGUGCAGGAUAUGUCUCGAGUCCGUUCCUCCAACCACACACCUGCCAUCUGAUAGCCUCCCAAGUUUCUUGCAAGCAAAGGUCCGAGUAACAUACGAAUCCUCAGAUCCCGAGUUAGGACGCCUCCUUCGGCCCUGCAAGUGCAAGGGCUCUUCGAGAUACGUACAUGAAGGAUGUCUGAAGCUUUGGAGAAAUGCCGACCCUGCAUAUGGGAGACGGAAUUACUGGCAGUGCCCAACGUGCGGGUUCGAAUAUAGGCUGGAGCGAAUGACAUGGGCAAAAUGGAUCAACAGCCAAGUUACUCAGCUGACUCUUACUGUUGGAAUUCUACUUUUUACCGUAUUUGUGCUUGGGUUUGUGGCCGAUCCCAUUAUCAACCUCUAUCUAGACCCCCUGGAUACCAUCGCCGGUGAACUGUGGGAGGAUGGCACAGAGAGAUUCGUCGUAGGAGAUGCGAAGUCAACUUGGGUUGAACAUCUUCUCAAGGGACUUGCGUCACUAGGAGUAUUAUCUUUUCUAAAAGUGAUGCUUGCUCUCUCGCCAUGGCAGUGGUGGAAUUUGCGCAACUCCGGACUGCUCGGCGGGUCAAAUCGGAGAUCAGCUAAUAGCGGGAGGAGUAGAGCUGCAUCAGUUAGCUGGAUAGUACUUGCUAUUGGUGUAGCCACUUUUCUCUGGGGUGUAUAUAAAGGUGUUCGCGCUUGGAGUUGCCGAAUACUUGAAACUGCCGGGCAGCGAGUCAUGGAUGUACCUCUAGACGGCGAUGACGAAGAUGAGGAUGUAAGAGUCGAACCUACACCCUCAGCGGACCAACGUCAACCCAGAAAGAAUGAUUAG